CGGCCCAACAUGGCGGCGGCGGCGGCGACAGCGGAGGCGGCGCCGGGACCCCGUUCGCCGCCCCUAAGAUGUCGGCGGCGGGCCGGUGGCGCGCGGCGUGACGUAGUCAGGCCCCGCCGAAGGGAGGGGGGCGGGGGAGCGGCCGGAGCGACGCAGGAGGCGGCGGCGGCGGCGGCGGCGGCGGCGGGACCGGCCGGGCCCCCGGGGGGGGAUUUAAAGGGACCAUGUCCCCGGCGCGGCGGCUGCUGUGGAGGCCGGAACCGGGCAGGAGGCGGCGGGGGCGGCGGUUGGAGCAGCGACGCCGCUGAGGAGGAGGAGGAGGAACGGCCCGGCCCCGGGGGACCGGAGGGAUUUUGCCGGCAGUCCCUGGCCGCCAACCCUCCCGAGUGCCGGCGCGGUGUUUUUUUCCGAGUGACACAGCACAAUCGGCGAGGGAUGGAGAAAGCUGUCCCUAAUUUCUCAGAGCGCCAAGGAGAUGGAGGCAGAGCCCUGUUAAUGACACCGGAGCCAAACAAAGAGACUUUUCCUGCCCUUGAGUGCCCCCAAGGCGAAGAACGAAGAGCUGCUUUCCUUCAAGAUGCAAAAAAGCCCCUGGAGAACCUGGCUUUAUCUGGGACGUCGGUGGAAACGGAGACGGAGCUCGAGGAAGAUGCUUUCUAUGCUGCGGAUGAUCUGGCGACGAUGAGCAGGGAGGGGAAGGGACCCUCCGGCGCUGAGUUGCGCCCGUUGCAAGAGGACCCCGACUUCUUCUCGUCGCUCUCCCGUCAGGAGCCUGACGUCGCCCUGGAAGCGCACGAUGUGGCCGAUGAGCCUGAUCCUGCCCUCUCCGGUGCCGUGCCGGCUCACAGGACUGAACUCGGCUCCACGAAUGAAGAACAUUUGGAGUUCAAGAAGGCUUUGUACAGAACGGAUGCCAGGAGCUCCCUAGACCUGCGAAACAUGACCGUGUCCGGCAGCGUGACCUGGGACACCUCCGCGCUGGAGACGAGAGCGGGCGAUGGGAGAGAAGAAAGCACUUUAGAGAGACUCUCUGGCUUGAAGGACUCAAAGGACGCGCGGUGCGUAAAGGAGUCGGCCUUCGCCGUGGAGCCCCAGGUUGUAAAUACUGUGCAGGUGGAUCCUGAGCAACUGGAGAGCGACUCCGAGGACCUGGAUGGUGGCAAAGUGGCAGCAGAGACGCCCAGCCCUUGCGCUGGGGCAUCGGUUGGCAGCGGGGAAGAGAAAUAUCUCAAAAAUGAACCAAAGCAACUUGAAGGCCUCAGCAAAGAGCACUUAGAUAAAAGCAAGAGGGGAAUCCAGAGGGUCGACUGGAUUUCUAGACCCAGCAAAAGCCCGAGUCCUCACUACAAAGACAUAAGCAAGCCGACAGAUGUAGCAACCAACUUGCCCUUUCGGGGACAGGCCGUGCGUGAAGUGCCUCCUCCGCUGACUCCGACGGUGUUCAGAAAAACGCUAAACCCUGUCCUCGGCAAGUCCAAAUCCCUGGAGAGCUCCUCGUCCCACAGGAAGGGGCUGAUGGUCGACUCAGACUUGGGCGAGAUCAACCCACUCAACGCGGCCGAGUGGACAAUCCAGAAGCCGGGCCUUCAGCUCGGCGCGGAUCUUGCCGUCGGCAAACAGUCCUGGACGGUAAAUGCCGAAGACUCGGUGGAGCGGAUCCCAUUGAUGUCUCUGGAACCCGCUCCCUGCAGCUCCUAUGACAUCGAGAUGCGGCCCUACGUGUGCAGCGUCUUGUUGGAGGAGCAGGGGAAGGAGGAGCUGGGUCCAGAGGAGGACCCUACGGUGUACACCUGCAUCGAGUGCAGCAUUUACUUCAAGAAGAAGGAACAUUUGAUGGAUCACAUGCUUCAGCAUAAUCGUGGACCAGGGAGGGACCAAGACAGAGAUGCUUUGGGAGGACAGUGUCAGUUCUGCUGCAACGAGUGCGGAUGGGCCUUUGGAGACCCCACGUCUUUGGAGCAGCACAAAAGGCUCCACCAAGAGUCUAGGGAAAAAAUUAUCGAAGAGAUUCAGAAGUUGAACGAGUUUCCAGACGAAGGCCGGGAAGCCCGGCUGCAGUGCCCCAAGUGUGUCUUUGGCACCAACUCCUCCAAGAUCUUUGUCCAGCACGCCAAGAUGCACGUCAAGGAGAGGAAGGACCAAGGGGCAAAGAACAUGAAUCUCUUUGGAAGCGCGGGCAGCGGAGAAAUACGGGAUAGCCCCGUGCACGGCAUCUACAAACACUUCAAACCAAAUGAACACAUGUCCCUGCAGAUGCAGGUACCACCUCACGGCAGCGGCAAAGGGCUCAGCACCUGUAUGCUCUGCAGCUUCCCGGCCCCCAACGAGAACAUCCUCAAGGAGCACAUGAAAUACGCCCAUUCCCACCUCUCCUGGGACGCGGAGGUGUAUGAGGACGAUCCCAAUCAACCAGGAACUAGCAGAGAUGCCUACAGCCCGGCCAGGCCAGGCCGGUUUGCAGAGACGGAUUAUUUCAGCAAAGCAGACCGGCUUUUCCCUCCACCUCCCCAAGAAAGCACAUCGCAUUACGAAGCGGUCCACGGUUUUGCCCUAAGUCACCCAAGGCUCGAUAAAAGCAACGGGGCUAGUAAAAAGGACUACCAGACAUCAGGGUUUCAUGCCAGGAAAGCAGCUCCGUAUGCUACCCCCCAUAAAAACCUGGGGCUCUCCAGUUUUCCCUCGGCGAAAGCUUAUUCCCAGUUUGCUCUGCGGCAGCUGAAAAAAAAAGCAGCGGCUCAGCACCUUGAAGGAGAAGGCGACGGUCUCAGGAGCCACCCGAUGGGGCUGGAGGAGCUCAGGCACAAGUGGAUGUUGGGCAGCGACGCUGGGAGCAUGGAAGAGGAGAUCUCCGCGAGCACUGAGAUAGAUCUGAGCGAGAACAGAGGCAUCAAACCCGUCACCAUCCCUCAAGCUGCCUUAGACCUCAAGAGGACGUUCAGAGACACCUUGAAAGCCACCGACUCUUCGAUAGCUUCGGAGGAGCAGCAGCAGCAGUUGCGGAUGAUGGUCCCCAUCGUCCUCCUGGAGGAGGUGAACCUGCACCCCAAGGCGACGAAACGGCCCCGGGGGAAGCCGUUCAAGAAGAAAACAACUCUCCCUUCCCAGGAAUUCAUGAUGGAGGAACCCCUUCCCUUGGAUAUGCUCCUGUUGGACGCUCCUCUGGAGGGUCCUCUGGAGCUUGAUGACCUCUUGGACUCCGACUCGCCCAUGCUGAAGAACGAGGAGAGGAAAUGUCCCUACUGCCCAGACAGGUUUCACAACGGGAUCGGGCUGGCGAACCACGUGCGGGGCCACCUCAACAGGGUGGGGGUGAGCUACAACGUCCGUCACUUCAUCUCAGCGGAAGAAGUGAAAGCUAUUGAGCAAAAAUUUUCCUUCCAAAAGAAGAAGAAAAAAGGUAUUGCAAACUUCGACCCCAGUACUUUCAGCCUGAUGCGAUGCGAGUUCUGCGGGGCCGGUUUCGACACGCGAGCGGGUCUCUCCAGCCACGCCAGAGCCCACCUGAGAGACUUUGGUAUUACCAACUGGGAACUCACCAUCUCGCCCAUUAACAUCCUCAAGGAGCUGUUGGCCAACUCAUCGGAGCAUCCGAUGCUGCAAGCGGCGAUGGGAGCGGAGCCCUCGUCCCCGAGCCGAGAGAGGGAAGCUCACGGCUUCGUGUCACGCAAGAGCAUGACCCCCAUGUCCGAGUGCAGCAUUCCACGCUCUCCUCUGUCCCCGUUCCCCCCGUCCUGGGGAGAUGAGUCCCUACAGUCCUACAGAGACAUCCUGGCUCCGGAAGAGGAACAACUGGUGGCCAUGGAGGUGGGUUCUCCCCCUCUCCCGAAAAAAAGCGCUCCCACCGGGCAGCUGGAUCAACCCCCAACCAGGAUAGGGACCAAACUCUCUCCUGAGCCACCUGGGAGCAAACCAGAGCCUCAGGACUCCAAAUCCCAGAACCUUACGACGUGCGAAGUGUGCGGCGCCUGCUUCGAAACCCGCAAAGGCUUAUCCAGCCAUGCCCGUUCUCACCUCCGGCAACUCGGCGUAGCCGAAUCGGAGAGCAGCGGGGCUCCCAUCGAUUUGCUUUACGAACUGAUGAAACAAAAAGGCAAACCCGACGGCAGCCCCCUGUCUCCCCCCCUCGGCAAAAAAUCCGGUUCCCCCAAAGACGCCACGGCCACCGGUUCCCCUCGACCCACGCUCCUGGCGCUCAGCAAAGCCGGUGAUCGCCCGUCGGAUGGUCCCGUUAAUAAAGCCAUCAAAUCCCCUCCCGGCUUCUCCAAAAACCUCUCGCAACCGGGAUCCCCCAUCCUUAAGAAGGUGCCGCCCGCUCUUUCAGGGUCCCCGUCUCCGAAAAACCUGGAGGAGAAGAGCUCCAAGCUCUCACUGAGCCCUCUGCAGAGCUCCCCAAAAGCCCAGUGGCCGCAGGCGGAUGAGGAAGGACCCCUCAAUUUAACCUCGGGGUCGGAGCCGGUGCGAGAUAUCCGCUGCGAGUUUUGCGGCGAAUUCUUCGAGAACCGCAAAGGUUUGUCGAGUCACGCUCGAUCCCACCUCCGACAAAUGGGGGUGACCGAGUGGUACGUCAACGGCUCGCCCAUCGACACACUCCGGGAGAUCCUCAAACGGAGAACCCAGCCGCGGAGCAGCACCUCCAAUUCCAGCGGUCCCGGGCAAAAAGCCAUGGCCAAGACCCUCUUGGGCAGCAUGGGAUCCUUGGAACCUCGCGGUCCCGGAGAGAUUCACAUCCCCACCCUCACCAAGAAGGUCCAGCAACCUGGCAGCCCCAUGGGGCAAUCUCCUACCUCGUCCCCACCUCCCACCGCCCGGAAGAUGUUUCCAGGCCUUUCUCCUCCCUCCUUGCAGAAGAAACUCAAACAAGAUCAACUGAGGCUGGAAAUCAAGCGGGAGAUGAUGUCGGGAGGACUCCACGGAGAACCUCAUCCCUCCGACCAAGCCUGGUCCCCGCGGGAGGAGCUGUCUCCCUUGAACCUCUCCUCCCGAGCUGACCUGGUGCGAGAUAUCCGCUGCGAGUUUUGCGGCGAAUUCUUCGAAAACCGCAAAGGUUUGUCGAGUCACGCUCGAUCCCACCUCCGACAAAUGGGGGUGACCGAGUGGUCGGUCAACGGUUCGCCCAUCGACACUCUCCGGGAGAUCCUCAAGAAGAAAUCCAAACCCUGCGUUAUCAAGAAAGAACCUCACACCUCCAGCAUCGAACCCCCGAAAUCUAUCGGGGAGGAAGGGACAGAGCCCAAGUCCCCCGGAAAAAUCCUGCAGGGCAUGGCUUUGCCUUCCCUGGGCGGGCGGACGGGGAAACCCAGCCCCGGCGGUUCCACCUUGAACCGGGAGAUCUCGUUGUUGCCUCUCACCAGCAAACCCCAGGGCGGUUUCCUGACGCCGUUAUCCGCCAAACGGCCGUUACAGGACGAUCGCUUGGGUCCUCACGCCGAAGUCAAGCACAAAGCCUACAUCCAGACCGAGCUGCCCUUCAAAACCAAGUCCGUGCACGACAAACCUGCGCACACGUCUGGCGAAGCCUGUUGCGAACUGUGCGGCCUCUACUUCGAAAACCGCAAAGCCUUGGCCAGCCACGCGCGGGCGCAUCUCCGGCAAUUCGGCGUCACCGAAUGGUGCGUUAACGGUUCGCCCAUCGAGACCCUCAGCGAAUGGAUCCGACACCGGCCCCAAAAAGCCGUCGCUUAUCGGAGCUACAUCCAAGGCGGACGACCCUUCACUAAGAAAUUCCGUAACUCAUCCCACACCCGGCAUCACAACGGCGGCGCUCGCCGGAUGCCACUCAGCCUUCAAGCCGGCGGCGUCACCCUGCUCAACAAAGGAUUGAUGGGAGAUUUGGCUCACGGCGAUGCCGGCAAAAUCCUGGAUGGGGGAAGCGGCGGGGAGCGGCCCAUGAUCACGUCCCCCCUCUCCUUGGUGAAGCUGGAGGAACAUCAACGCUCCAACAUCAACAAGUUCGAGCGGAGGCAGGCGCGGCCCCUAGACGCUCCCCUCCACCGGGAAGAGGAAGGGACCGAAUUCCAGCAGAAAAUGGAGGUGACGCGGCAGCCGCCGCCCCGCAUGAGGCCGGUGCCGUCCCUGGUCCCUCGCCCGCCCCAAACCUCCUUGGUCAAGUUUGUGGGGACCAUCUACACCCUCAAGUGCAGGUUCUGCGAGAUGGAAUUCCAAGGUCCCCUUUCUAUCCAGGAGGAAUGGGUCCGGCAUCUCCAACGACACAUCCUGGAAAUGAAUUUCUCCAAAGCGGAUCCUUUACGGGGCGAAGCUCCCCCCGCCCCCGAACCCCCCACCCUCGCCGAGGCUCAGUAAUGGGGAGCCGGGAAAUCCUCACCUCCCCCUUUUCCCGCAUCCAUAAUUCUUUGGGUUUUUUGGGAAAAAGGGGUUUGAUCGCUGCCUUUGCCCCUCCGGAGUGUCCCCCCCCUGUCUCCAGGGGAUGAGCUGGGGGGGGGGACAGUCCCGGCCACAAGCACUACAAUGGAUCAAGACAACCCUCGGUGAUCCCACGGGAAACACGCGGCAACUGGGAUGCGGCACCGGAUCGGGGAGGGAACGACUCGAUGCCGGCGAGGGAAUUUCCCCCCCACCUCAUUCCUCACUUCCCCAAAAUCCGUUUUUUUUAACCCAAAGAACAAACGGUGUCGCCUUUACUGGCGGCGAUUCGGGAUCGGGGCCGGGGGGGGGGGGGGAGGGAGGGGGUGUGGAAUUUCGGGAAGCAGCUGCAUUCCCGGAAAAAAACGCUGUGGAUUUUGUAUAUGACCCUUAGAGUUAAUGUAUAUUCGAUUCCCCCCCCCCCCCCUUUUAAUUUUUUUUUUUUUUUUUCCCAUUAGGCAACGAUGAAAUUUAGUCUUGCGUAGAUGUCGGAAUCCCUCGGUUCCGGGAUUGCAUGUUGCCCAAAAUCCCCUUUUUCCCCCACCCCAAAAAAGAUAAAAAAAAAAAAAACCAACAAAACCCGCCGCUUCCCUCCCGCUUUUUUUUCCACCGCGGCAAAAAAAAAAAAAAAGAAAAAAACAACAAACCAAACCCCCCCGACCCCCCGCCGGAUUCACCGCUUCCCCCCCGGCCGCCGCAUCCCCCCUUCAGUUUCACCGGAGAAAAUAGAGCCACGUUCCUGGUUUUUCCACCCGGAUUCGGCGCCGGUGGGGGGGGGGGGGGGAUUCGGCUCGGCCCCUUCUCCCUCCUCCCCCCGCCCCCCCCCCCCCGUUUUUUCCACCGUUGCUUUAUUAUUUCUUAAUUUUUCCCGGUUUUUCCUUGUCUAGCUCCAUAGACCUUCCGACUUUUUUAAACUCUAGAUUUGUGUAGAAAACAAGGAAUAUUCAUUUUUAUUUGGAAAGCCCGAAACUUCCGAAUUUCGGAAGGAAUUUUAACGGAUAAAUUUUUUUUUUC